AUGGCAGCACGCGUAUCGAAGAAUAACCGGGAGGUGUUGGAGACCGGCACUGGAGAACAGCCCGGAGCGAUAUGGAGUGGGGAUGCUGAUUCCUAUCUCCAGCUUCUGGCGUCACCCCUGCUGUCGCGAUCCCCAUCCCCGGUUCAGGAGGAUCCGGAGGAGGUGCCCGACAUGGAUCUGUCGGAGGAUGAGGCGGUGGCCGAGGGGCCAAUCACAUAUUUGUCCCUCUCAUCGGAGAGUGAGGAGGACAUCGGGGGUGAGACCGUCACCCCGGAGGUUUCCUCGGACGAGGACGAAGAAGGACAGAUCGCGAGGGCCAGGAUGGCAUACCGCAGCGGUAAGACGUCGGUGCCGCAGCCGCAGCCACAGCCGCCGCCACUGCCGCCGCCGGCGCAGCCGCAUCCACCUCCACGCACGCCGCCGCCACCGCGCACACCGACACCGCCACCCCAGGAUAAGGAGGGGCCCCGGUGCGAGCGGCAACAGUCCUGGGACGUGGAUCAGGCGCACGUCGCGCAGACGCUGCGCACGAUCGGCAUGGGCGGCCGCCGGUGGCACCAGCAGACGGUGACGUGGACGUGGCCCGCACCAGCGGAGGACACGCCGGAGGCCCGCGUGUGGGAAGAAGUGGGCGCGGUCUGUUGGAGGCCGGUCGAGCAACGAGCGCGCGACCAGCGAGUACUCGUCCGGACGGAGGACGAAAGCCCGGCGGAGAACCCGGAGAAGGGUCCGUGGGUGUGGCCCGCACCGCCACCACCAAAACUUGCGCGGCAAGAGUCGUGCCCCAAGGCUAGACAGCCGCCGCAGCGACCCUGCCUCCGCAGGCAGGAGUCAUUGAAUGAGAAGUCGUGGAGAGAGAUAGAACGCGCGGAGUGGUCACCAAAGGUGGUCGAGGAGGCCGAGACCCAGGCGGGCAGACGGCAUAAGGACCGCUGGGCCAAGCAGUUCAUGCUGGACGGCCAGCGGUUUCGACUAAAGGCGGCGGCGAAAUUAGGGUAUAUGUGCCCCAAUAAAAGAUACCUGGGUGUUAUGCUAGACCUCAGGCUAUUGUUUAAGAACCAUGCGGGAUACGCGGGCAAGAAGGCUGCAGUCACAGCUACUUCUUUGGCUAGACUCAUGCCGCAACCCGGCUAG